AUGGCAAUUGCACAAGAUGGCAAUAAAAACAUUCUUCCAAUUGCAUUUGCCAUUGUGGAAGGAGAGACGUUAGAUGCAUGGCGUUUCUUCUUAGAGCAUCUACGAGCAGACGUGACACCACAAAAAGGGUACUCAAAAACAUCUCAUGAUUUUAACUAUUGGUAUGACGUACUUCGAGACUUUGACAUAGAGGCAACGAGGUGGUUAGAUAACAUACCGCGGGAGAAGUGGGCUCAAUCAUUUGACAUCGAAGGUCGAAGGUAUGGUCAUAUGACCACCAACCUAGCUGAAUGUGUUAACUCAGUGUUAAAAGGAACAAGGAACCUUCCUAUAACAGCCUUAGUUAAGUCAACUUACUUUCGACUUGCUGAGUUAUUUGUAAGGAAAGGUGUACAUGCACACGCUCAAAUUGCAUCAGGUCAAAUAUUCUCGGAAGUGCUAAUGAAGACAAUUCAGGAAAAUCAACAAAGAGCAUGUAGCAUUUAUGUUCGUCAAUUUGAUCGUGAAGAAAAUUCUUUUAUGGUAGAUGAAAUGGCACCACCUCAAUGCGGUGAUAUAGCUGGUAGUUACCGCAUUGAUUUGAGAAAACGAUGGUGUGAUUGCGGUGAGUUUCAAAUACUUCAUUUUCCUUGUCGCCAUGUCCUUGCAGCGUGUGCAUAUAUUCAUCUACAUUGGCAAGCAUAUGUAGAUAAUGUUUAUAGGCUUGAGACAAUUUUUAAUGUAUACCAUAAAGAGUUUCAGCCAAUGUCAAAUGAGAGAUACUGGAACCCCUAUAAUGGUCCACAUUUAUAUCCUGAUCUUACAAUGCGAAGACCAGCUUCAGGACGUCCAAAAUCCAGUAGAAUUCGUAAUGAAAUGGACAUAAGAGAAGGCGGUUAA